GAAAACUUCACUGCGUCCAGCUGGAGACAUUUUCAUCCGGGGAGAUUUCUGCGCCUGUCGGAGCCGAGUCGGCACCUUUUGUAGUCCAGCCGUGUCCGUCAGAGAGAGGGACCGGUCCGGUUCUCGUCGCUGGAACCAUUUCCGGCGUCCAACAUGGAUGAUUUGGAUGCUUUGUUGGCGGACCUUGAGUCCACAACAUCCCACAUAUCCAAAAGCUCACUCUUCCUUUCUGACGAAGCCGCCUACUCCCUGCCUGUUGGGGGUCAGGACCAGAAAGACAUCUGCUCUCCACAGGAGAGAAGUCUGAAUGGAGUGGAUGAUUCAGAGUCGUUCAGCUCGGCUCAGAAAAGUCAGUGGUCUAGACCCAGUGGAGAGGAGGACCACGUUUACAGUUUCCCUAACAAGCAGAAGACCAGUGAGUCAUCAUCAUCACCGGCUGCCAUGAACUCAUCACUGGGGAGCAACCUGUCUGAACUGGACCGCCUGCUGUUGGAGCUCAACGCCGUCCAGCAGAGCACCCCUGCCUUUCCCACAGAAGUAGCUCCACCACUGCCGGCAAGCAGCACUAUCCGCCACAUCCAGGAGAAUGGGCUCUCUGCUCCUGGUAAAGUCCCUCCAGCUACCCUGGAAAAGCCGAAGCAUGUCGCAGCAGCGCGAGGAAUACAGGACGCACGGCCGAGUGUGGAGAGCCUUCUGGAUGAGCUGGAAAGCUCUGUGCCCACACCCAUUCCCACACCCUUGGUCGUCUCAGAUGAUAGACAAGCGGAGACCCUGUCUCAACAACAAGCCAGAAUGUCUGCGUCCUCUGCCACACGAGAGCUGGAUGAACUCAUGGCUUCCCUGUCUGACUUCAAAGUCCAAAGCAAUUCCAGCUCUCAGUUGUCUGUCAAUCAGGAGUGUGGUGACCCUAUUUUUGCCGCUGGAUCACCGGUUUCCCAAGCUGUAGCAGGCCCAUCUAUAACUCCUCAGGAUACUCCUCUGCCUCUGGGCUCCACUUCCCCUUCUUCUGCACCUCUUUCAUUGGAACUUCACAUAGAUGAGGAUGGUUGCUCUGUCCCUACAUGUUCAACUGUAAUCACAUCUUCUAAGAGCCCUCAGUUCUCCCAAAUCCAGCAGAAAGAUCAUGAUGGAAGUGCCACGUCUGAGGUAUGUUUGGAGAGCUUCAGUGUCUCCAGUUCUUUGAAGCCUCCCACCCAAGCAGAACUUAGCAGUCUUGCUCAUACCUCAGUAACAAAAGCGACUCCAUGUAAAGAUACUGCUGCCAGGAGCUCCAGUCCAGCCACUGUACCCAAGAGUCCAGUUACUCAGUCUAAAAUCUAUAGUACCACUAAAGCAAACAAUCCCAGUUCUCCUGACAUAAAAUCUAAAAGCUUUGCUUCUAAAAGUCUUAGUCCUCAAGAAGUUAGGAAGAGUGAAAGUCCAGUGCUAGUGUCCAGCCCUCUGGAUGCAGUUCCAAGGACAUCUAGUCCCAUAACCGUUCCGAGGCUUUCAAGUCCAGUUCCAAAAUGUCCAAGUCCAUUGACCAUCCCUGCUCUCUCUAGCUCACUAUCUAUCCCGAGAAGUGCGAGUCCUGACACAGUUGGACGAAGUUCUAGUCCUGUGACUAUUCCAUUUCUUUCUACGCCCGUUCCAAAGACUGCAAGUCCUUUGACUCUUCCUAAUAAAUCCACUUCUCUAGUUCUACCCAAGAGCUCUGUUACCGAAGCAAUCCCAAGAAAUUCCUCCCCAGUGACACUUCCAAGGCUUUCAAGUCCAGUAACGGUUCCAAAAAUGGACUCUUGGGUUUCUAAUGGUAGUCCUCAACUCUAUAGAAAAACAUUCACUACCUCAGGCACCAGUAGCCCCAGAGUUUCUCCAGUAUCUCUUGCCUCUGUACCAAUGAACACCCCAUACUCCCCAGAAAACACAGGAGAUGUCUUGGAUUUAACAUGGCCAUGCCGGGAACCUUUACUGGACGAUACCUUAGAUAAAAUCCUCACUCCUGAUUCUAAAAGACUGAUUGAGAACCAGGCUUCUGUCUGUGUUGUAUCUGGCGAUGAAGACAAAUCCUGGGAGGAGGAAGAUGGACUUUACCCUGAGUAUAGCAGAGAGGGAACCUUGACACCCAUGACUGAGUCCAGCUGGAUGGAUGAGUGCUUCACUCCCUCCUCCUGCCCUGGGACACCAGAUGCAACGCUGGACUUCCCAGUACAGCAGCUCUCCGCUGUGGAUCGACUGUCGGCUUCCGGUCAACUGAAGUCAGUAAUCCGCCGCACCAAAGAGACGUCCAACGUGCAUCCGAUGUACAGGGAGGGAUUACUAAGACGUAAGAUGGGACCAAUUAUUGUUAAUAAAAGCAACUCGCAAGACCGACUCAUUGAGGAGCUGCAGGGCAAGCUGGGGAUUGGGCGAGUGGAGCGCAGGCGGAAGCAACAGCCAGAUGAUUGGCUGACGGAGGGAGUCAUCGUCAUGUCUAACCCACAGAGAACGCGGGAGGAAGGGAUCCAGCCAUCUGUGGAUAAGGUACACCGAUGCCGAGGAACCGCAUCGGGAUCAUGCUCUGUCAAGUUGGACAUUAAGUUCCUGGUUUUGGCCGUUUUAACAAGUUUGAGUUCCUUUAUGGUUUUUCCAUUCUAUCUGCAUUCCUGUCCUUUCUCUGUUUUCCUUCUUUUCUCCUUCUUUCCACCAGAUCAUCAUCCCACCCGAAUCACCUGCCCCACAGAGAAAAGUACUCCCUCCUCCACAAACUCCCCACCGCCCAAAAAGCCCCCACCAGUCAAGCAGACACCCCCACCACUACCCCCUCCGCCUCCGACGCCUCCUCCUCCUCGAGAGCCCACCCCUCCGCCCCCAAAGGAGCCGACUCCUCCGCCACCCAGGGAGCCCACACCUCCCCUCGUGCUUCCCCCGCCAUCACCUAGCCCCCCACCCAAGCCCAUCACACCACCCCCACCUCCCAAGGUGUUUAUAUCAGUGGGUUGUCAGACUGAGUACGACCCCAUCUUCCCACCAUUGCAGAUCCAGUCACAGGGCAUCCAGUCAACCAGCGCUCCUGCAAAACCAGCCAACAAACUGGACAACAUGCUGGGAAAUCUGCAGUCUGACCUCAACAAACUCGGUGUCCAGACCAACGCGAAGGGGGUCUGCGGUGCCUGCAAGAAACCGAUUGCUGGACAGGUGGUGACUGCCAUGGGCAGAACGUGGCACCCGGAGCACUUUGUGUGUACCCACUGCCAGGACGAGAUAGGCUCCAGGAACUUCUUUGAGCGUGACGGGCAGCCUUACUGCGAGAAAGACUACCACAACCUGUUCUCGCCGCGAUGCCACUACUGUAAUGGGCCCAUCCUGGAUAAAGUAGUGACAGCUCUGGACAAGACCUGGCAUCCAGAGCACUUCUUCUGUGCUCAGUGUGGAUCCUUUUUUGGCCCAGAAGGUUUCCAUGAAAAGGAUGGAAAGGCGUUCUGCAGAAAGGACUACUUUGACAUGUUUGCUCCUAAAUGUGGCGGCUGCACCCGGGCCAUCCUGGAGAAUUACAUCUCUGCCCUCAACUCUCUCUGGCACCCAGAGUGCUUCGUCUGCAGGGAGUGCUUCACGCCGUUCAUAAACGGCAGCUUCUUCGACCACGACGGCCAGCCGUACUGCGAGGCCCAUUACCACGAGCGCCGCGGGUCCCUGUGCUCCGGCUGCCAGAAACCCAUCACCGGCCGCUGCAUCACCGCCAUGGGCAAGAAGUUUCACCCGGAGCACUUUGUGUGCGCCUUCUGCCUCAAGCAGCUCAACAAGGGCACCUUCAAAGAGCAGAACGACAAGCCGUACUGCCACGGCUGCUUCGUCAAACUCUUCAGCUAGACCGCAUGUCUGCUGUACGUGCAAUGAGUGUGAGAGUACGAAUGCACAAGGGGGUUGAUGCACACCUACGUGCAUCUAAAACACAUUACAAUGAGGGUAGAAAUGUUUCUAUCAGGGAUGACACUGAAAGGGACUUCCCUGGAUUUGCCACCUUUUACGCUUUUACUAAAGACCUUUUAACGGAGCCCAAAGAGAUUUUCAUUUCGAUUGCUGUUCCUAAGUGUGCCAGAAACGAGAAAGAAACAUCUUGCUUUCUCCUUGGUUGUGUGUAAAUUAUUAUGUUUGAUCUGUAAAACUCCCCCCACCCCCAUUCAGCAGGGCAAGACCUUGCAUCACUUGGUGGUUGGCCUGUGUUGACAUGGUUUUCUGCCGAUGUGAGACAGCUGCUCGAUUGCAUGGACCACUGGGAGUAAAUGUAAACAGUUUCAAAGUACUACGAGUGUUUGUGGCGAGCAGAGUUUGGACACUGAGCGGUUAUCAAAAAUGUAUUUUUGUAACUUUGGAAAUUUCUGAGGUGCCAUUUGGAAUAACUGAACCACUUUUUGAUAUGUAAAUGUACACAGACAUGUUCCGCUUUCUUCUCCAACGUAGAGCUGUUCGAUCACUUCAACUUCAAAUCUGGCGUCCUAUAAAUGUGUUUCUUAUUUUUCUACAGAUUUCAUAAGGAAACAAGUAUUUUUCAGUUUCAACACACCAUUUAACUUUUUUUAUUUUAUAUUAAACAAAUAGUUAAAUCAAUAUUGACAGCUUAGACUUAAAAAUGGAACCUAAAAUGAUCUCGGAAAAUCCUGAUCAGUCCAUAUCUAACCCUAAUCUUUAUCAGCUUCAGAAAAAAAAAAAAAAAUCAAAAUAAGAGCGCUAAAGAAUAUUUCAAUGGUUAUGAAUGUAUGGUAGAAACUGGUGGAAGCUUAAUGCCUACAACAAAUAUAAUUUAAAACCCAGUUUUUCAGAAUUUGACCUGAACUAAGCAUCCAACCUUUGGACAAUCAAUCGCCACAUCUUUUUUAGCUCAAUCAUUUCCAGAAAAAUUUACUGAGCUACACUUUGUUUUAAAUUUAAUACAUUGUCGUGUGUUGUGUCAUUUACAUUCAUAAUGAGGAUAUGAAAACUUGUGUUUUUUGAUCUACUUAAAAAGAUAUUUUUAAAAGAAUCACAUAGUGAGAUCUGCUUUAAACUGCAGGUGCAUUUUAUGAGGAAAAACAAUCUCAAAUUGUCUAAAAAUUGACGUUCUACUGCUGUAUUCGCAGUUAUUCAACUAUAGAACUAUAUUUUUAAACUAUUUUCAGCAUUUUACAGUUUCAGCUUGUGUGCAUUUAUCUCAGUUGAAAUGCAUUUUUACAAACUGGUUAAAAGAUUUACAGUGGAGUUGUGCGUUUUGAUCCGAAGCAUGCAAUUUCUUUUACCUGGAGAUUAACAAGCACCAGCUGCCAGAUGCUGUUACAAUCAUCUACGUUUCUACACCUCGAAUAUGCUGAACCUAGUCGGCUUUGAACAAAAAUGUGUGUGUGUGUUUGUGCGUGUGUGUUUUGGAGCAGGUAAAGGCUCACUCUGGUAUGCAAAGAGCUGGCUCUGUUAGCAUGUAGCCUACUGUAACGUUGGUCUGUCUCAUUCCUUCACACAAGCAGACACAUGACAGAGGAAAUGCAGCCUGCCGUGUCUUUGUUGUGAAUUGUCGUCAUCCUGAGGUAUUGGUUCAGAUGUCACUGACGGAAGCUGGAUGCUAGUCUCUACUGGUCAGGAAUCAGAAUAAGAGCCUAAUUCAAGGCCAGGCCUUUAGGGGAAAUGCACAUGUUGACAUUUUCUAUCUUUAUUUCAAUCAAAGCCUCUUUUUGUGUGAAAUCGGCCGUUAGAUUUAAGUAUUUCCAGCGAGAUGAUCCCAUUGCCUUCGGUUUUACAGUGAGCAAAAAAUUCAUCCAAAAACUCCAGACUUGGGUCGAUUUAAAGUGUUUUUCUCGUGCCAAACGUGUCGAUGCAAUAACGUCUCUGACACUGUGGAGCUCUCAAGCCUUUUCUGUGAUUGUUUUUAUCUUUUUUUGAGCUAAACUCUGGGAGUCAUGCUGAAUUUUUAACUGAACUAUACACUGUAACAGACGAGAUGAGAUGAGGAGGAUCUUGCUGUUGUUUAGCACGUUAUUAUGGCGUUCACAUGUAGCUGAUUGGGAUGUGAUGGACUUAGCGGGGAGGGGGACGUGGGCGCUGGAGGAAAACGUCCUGGGUUUGCUCAUGUUUAUCUCAUUUUCAAAUUGCCUUACAUUUUAUGCUUUUGGACAAUUAAUAAAAUGGGGGGGAAACGCCUUUUACUUUUAAUCCAACUAUGUGAACUUUGCUUUGUAAACAGAGUCAACAUCCAUGUAGCGCUUGGCUAUCUGAAUUUCCUCAUGAGCUAUAAAUAUGUGUGGGUGAGGUGCAAGCCUUUGUGGGUUCUGAUUACUGAUUGGUGAGUCUCUGCAAAUAAAAGAGGAAAAAGUAUUUAUA